CAAUGGUCGCGUCCGUGGCCGGCUCUAAAGGGGAGGACAGCGCUCUGGUGCUGAUUUUUCAGCCGCUUUCUGAGGCGCUGGGGAAGCAUCCCACGUAGUGUCGCUAUUAAAAAAUAGCCGAAAUCGGAGGAAAGCAGCAUGAGACACGAAGCAUCCGUGCAGAUGUCUGCUACACAAGAUGGUAAAUUUGGCCAAAAGGAAAGUUCUGACCAGAACUUUGAUUACAUGUUCAAACUUCUGAUCAUUGGAAACAGCAGCGUUGGAAAAACGUCGUUCCUCUUCCGCUACGCAGAUGAUUCCUUCACCUCAGCCUUCGUCAGCACUGUGGGCAUUGACUUCAAAGUCAAAACUGUUUAUAAAAAUGAUAAGAGGAUCAAACUGCAGAUCUGGGACACAGCAGGACAGGAAAGGUACAGGACUAUCACCACAGCAUACUACCGCGGUGCAAUGGGCUUCAUCCUCAUGUAUGACAUCACCAACGAGGAGUCCUUCGGGGCAGUACAAGACUGGUCCACCCAGAUCAAGACAUACUCCUGGGACAAUGCACAGGUGAUCCUUGUGGGCAACAAGUGUGACAUGGAGGAGGAGAGGGUGGUGCCUGCAGAGAGUGGAAGGAUUCUGGCUGAACAGCUGGGCUUCGAGUUCUUUGAGACAAGUGCCAAGGACAACAUAAAUGUUAAACAGACAUUUGAGCGCCUGGUAGACAUCAUCUGUGACAGGAUGUCAGAGAGUUUAGAGACAGACCCAGCUGUUACCACUGGAACCCCGAACCCUAGACUCACUGAUAACCCCCCGCCUCUCCCACAGGCCAACUGUGGCUGUUAGUGACCAGCCCCUCCCUCCUCUCUCUCAGCCAAGAGCCUUGGCCAUAGGGCACAUUUUACAAAGCAGCAAAGACAGCCAGUUCUUUAGGUUUAUCUUUUCCGGUCUCAUUCAUUGCGUGAAUAUCUCAGUUUGACCAGUGCAUAAUGCUCAUGUAACGUGCCAAAUGUACCUUUCCUCCCGAGGGCUGACUUUUAACUUCAACGUAAAUUAAACUCAAGCCACCCACUCUCCCAUAGUACCGAAAAUGCAGAAUCAGAGCUCUUGAUGUGUACUGCCUACAACUUUUCACACCCUGUCUUAUAUUCAUUUUGUAUUUUUAAAGCUCUUGCAUUUCUGGUAGGUCAGUUGGUUCAAAUAACUGGACCAUGCUAAGUACACAGUGUGGUGACUGAUAGAAUGAAGUCGAAGAUCACAUCUCCUAUGUCCACAGAGGUAGGGGGUCACACCCCCUCCAUCAUGUAAAUCCACAUUUCUUAGACUGACUUCCAGUACCAGCUAUAGUUUGUCAAACCAGUCAAAUCAUAGCAUUAAGAAAACAUUUACUAUCAGUGUGUACAAACAUACAGGAGACUGAGCAAACACAAGUGACCAUUCUGAAGACCCUCACCCUUAGAAUAGCUUGAUUUUAUCUUCCAUUAUUUCUCUGGUGGUAAGAGGUUGCACAGUUUCCUGUAUAGCAUCUGUGAGAAGUCAAGCAAAUUUACAGUGCAUGCCAUUAAUUUUUUUGAAGUUCCAUACACCUGUCUCAGGACUGGAAGGAGGUGGGAGGGAGAGACCUGUCCUAAACAAAGCAAGAUUCUGUGGGAUCCAUCCAAGACCAAUCCUACACACUUUAAUUACCUUGGUUACACCAUGGCAACAGUGACAAACUUCAUAUUUUGACAGGGGAAUAAAGUUGGCUAUGUAUUUAUGAAUUACAUGUAUGUCAGUGCAUGCUUGUGUGGCUGAUUGUGUGGGUAUGUCUGUGUGUGAGUAUACAUACAAUAUAUAUAUCUGACUGAAGUUAACCUUAGCGAUAAACUACCUUUAUAAAAUGUGUGGCCUUUUAGAAUCUGCAGCAAUUCUUAACAUUCAGUACGAAUGUUAACAUUCACGUAAACAGCUUCUACUAAAUAUGUUGUUACGUAAUUAUACUUUAUGUGCAUGUGCCCCAUUUCCAUUUAGUUCAGCUCCUGAGAAACUUAUUAUUCAAGCGUGGCCUUUCAGCAUCCCCAUUGUGUGAACUUCCUUUAAAUUUCCAUAGUAUUUGUGAACAUAUAUGUUUAUUUUCAAGUAACUGCCAAACCAAAACAACUCAAGUUCCGAAUGAGAGGUGCCCAGGUGUGUUGGGCUCCCUUACUGGUGCUGAGGUUCAACCAGUUCCAUUGACUCUAGUUUAUAGCACAAAAGUGCUUAAAAAGUGUUUCAGGAAUAGUUUGAUUUUAAAAACUAAUCCCGGUAGUCUACUGUGUGCGCAUUUUUCACUGGUCUUUAAGCAAUUGACAACCUCAGUACUGAGGCACAAGGGUAAAUUAGUGGAAUUUCAGGUAAUAAGGAGUUCAGUCACACAGGUUACAGUCAAGCAAGAGUGACAUGUCUGUCCCUUCGCUCUGUUGUUACUCAUUAUUGUGAUCUUGGGGCUGCAGUCCAUCAUUCAUUUUCACGAGUGCAUUUUAUAUAAUAUGUACAAGAGAAAGGAGAGGUUUCCUCAGUGUUCCUGGGAAAGGCUGACUUACUGCACACCCAGUGCCUGUCUUGUGAGAGAACUAUUUUCUGUUUUGUGGCCUGUAGAUGCCCUUUGCAGGAAAUCACACAUCUGGGCUUUAAAAAAAAAAAAAGAUGUCCACCUGAUGAUCUGGACCGCAGGGCAAGCAAUGCUUGAAAAUUCAUCAACUACAUUCAUACUUCAACUAAAAAUAAAAUUUGAUAAAAAAGCAAAUUAGUUCAUUGUGACAUUAGUGUUCUCAUGGCAUGAAUUGUAUACAUUUUUAUCUGUCAUAACUGUUUAUCAUGGUAUAGUAUCUGAAACCACAGCUAUCAUUUAAGACAGCAUCAGUAUUAAUGCCACACUAUACAGGCAUACAGCUCCCCCUUUUUAAAAUUUUACCCAUACUCCAAGUUAAUACCCAACAACUUGUUUUAGAUUAUAUUCAACCAUGCCAGUCUGUAUGCUAAAGUAGGUUCUUAGCAUGUGUGAUUUUUUUUUAAAAAAAAAAAAAACAGAUCUAUAACGCAUUGUAAGUCUUAGGUGUUGUGUGACAUGGUGAAUAAUUGGUGUACAGCAAUCUAUAUGUAUUUAUUGUUGAAUUUGUUGUGCAUCUUCAGACAUGCUUCUGAGGUGCAAUGGGCCAAUAAGUGCAAUAGUUCAAUACCACAUUCUUGUAUAUAGCGCUGCCCUUCCCCUGUAUGUGCGCUGUGGUUUGAGUGGAUGUGCAGGUGUUUGUGUACCUUGGUCUCAGUGUAAUUACUCUCCUCUGUUUGGUGAGUGCUUAUCAUUAAGAUAGAGAUUAGAGACAUGGCUACUAUGGAUAAAUAACAGUUUCUUGUUCUAGUACAGAACAGCCCAGUGACACCAAAAAAAAAAAAAAAA